AUGGAUUAAUAGAUUAAUCAUUACAACCAAUUAGAAGAAUUUUUAAACUCAUCACUCUAAUCUCAUUAGGUUCUACAUAUUACUCUGAAAUAGAAUAAAAUUGGUGACGAAGUUGCAUCUAUCAUAAGUUCUGCUUUAGCAAAUUGCAACAAUCUCUAAAAUUUGACACUUGAUCUUGAGGGUAAUUAAAUUGGUGCAAUUGGUGCAUCAGGAUUAGGUUCUGCUUUAGUAAAUUUCACUAACCUUUCAAAUUUAGCACUUGAUCUAAGUAGGAAUUUUAUUGGUGACGAAGGGACAUCAGGCUUAGGCUCUGCUUUAAGAAAUUAUACUAAUCUCUCAAAUUUGAAACUUGAUCUUGGUAAUAAUAAAAUUGGAGUAAUUGGUACAUCAGGCUUAUCCACAGCCACUGCUUUAAAAAAUUUUACUAACCUCUCAAAUUUGACACUUAAUCUUAUAUAGAAUAAAAUUGGCUCAACUGGUACAUCAGGUUUAGGUUCUGCUAUAGCAAAUUGUACUAAUCUCUAAAAUUUGACACUUAAUUUAGGUUGGAAUUAAGUUGGUGAUGAAGGUAUAUCAGGUUUAAGUUCUGCUUUAGCAAACUGCAAUAAACUCUCAAAUUUGAAAGUUAAUCUUGAGUAAAAUCAGUUUAUUUGUUUUGGAUUGUGA